GGCUUAGGCUGUAACACCGAGCCCAGCCUCCUCCUCCACCCCCCACCACGCUCAGCCCCCUCCCUCCCCGCCACCACUGUCCGCGAUCGCCCGGCAGCAGGGAAGGAAGAAAGGAGCGCAGGAGGCGGAGGCAUGGAUCCACAGCCCCCUCCACCUGCCCAGGGCAGCCCACCUCACCGUGGCCGAGGCCGAGGCCGUGGCCGUGGCCGUGGUCGAGGCCGUGGUCGUGGCAGAGGGGGUGCUGGAGCCCCUAGGGCACCCCUGCCCUGCCCCACCUGUGGUCGCCUCUUCCGCUUCCCUUACUACCUGUCUCGACACCGGCUGAGCCACUCGGGCCUCCGGCCCCACGCCUGCCCCCUGUGCCCCAAAGCUUUCCGGAGGCCUGCCCACCUCUCCCGCCACCUCCGUGGCCACGGGCCCCAGCCCCCGCUGCGCUGCGCUGCCUGUCCACGCACCUUCCCGGAGCCGGCCCAGCUCAGGCGCCACCUGGCCCAGGAGCACGCAGGUGGCGAGGUGGAUCUGUCCACGCAGAGGGCCGUGAAGGAGGAGCCACAGGACGAGGGCGUGGAGCAGCCCUCCGCGGCGGUGGCGGCCGGGGUUGCAGAGGAGGCGGCAGCAGUGUGGCCCGAGACGUGGCCCGUCGGGGACCCGGCCCCUGUGGCUAACCCCACGAGUACCGAUCCUCGGGAGUCGGAGGCCGAGGAGGCCGAGGCCGGGGCAGCGGAGCUAAGGGCAGAGUUGGCACUGGCCGCGGGGCGACAGGAGGAGAAACAGGUCCUCCUCCAGGCCGACUGGACGCUGCUGUGUCUCCGCUGUCGCGAAGCCUUCGCCACCAAGGGGGAGCUCAAAGCGCACCCGUGUCUGCGCCCCGAGGGCGAACAGGAGGGCGAAGGGGGACCCCCGCCCCGCCCCAAGCGACACCAGUGUUCCAUUUGCCUCAAGGCUUUCGCCAGGCCCUGGUCCCUGUCGCGUCACCGGCUAGUCCACUCCACCGAUCGGCCUUUUGUGUGUCCAGACUGCGGCCUGGCCUUCCGCCUGGCCUCCUACCUCCGCCAGCAUCGCCGCGUCCACGGCCCUCUCAGCCUGCUGGCCCCCCUGCCCGGGGCCGGCAAGAAGGACGACAGGUCCUCAGGGGGACGGAACUCAGGGAAAGGGCCUGAGGGGGGCGAAGGGGCAGAAUGUGGGGGCGCCUCGGAAGGGGCUGAAGGCGGGCAGAAUGGAGGAGAUGCCACCCCAGCCCGGCCCCCGGCGGGGGAGCCACGCUUCUGGUGUCCCGAGUGUGGCAAAGGUUUCCGACGCCGGGCACACCUGCGCCAACACGGGGUCACCCACUCUGGGGCACGCCCUUUCCAGUGCGUGCGCUGCCAGCGGGAGUUCAAGCGGCUGGCGGACCUGGCCCGCCACGCGCAAGUCCACGCUGGGGGUCCCGCGCCGCACCCGUGCCCUCGAUGCCCACGCCGCUUCUCCCGCGCCUACAGCCUCCUUCGCCACCAGCGCUGCCACCGCGCCGAGCUGGAGCGGGCGGAGCUGGAGAGGGCCGCCACGCUGCAGGCUCUCCAGUCCCAGGCCGCACAGUCGCCCCAAACUCAGCCGCUUAAGCAGGAGGCCGAAGGGCUCCCUCUGUCCAUCGCACACAUCAAGGAAGAGCCGCCCUCACCUGGCACCCCACCUCAGUCCCCGCCGGCUCCCCCUGUCUUUCUCAGCGCCUCCUGUUUUGACAGCCAAGACCACUCAGCCUUCGAGAUGGAGGAUGAGGAUGUGGACAACAAGGCCCACCUACGCGGGCUGGGGGGCUUGGCCUCCUGACCCCCACAUCCACCCUCCGCCCCUCCAGUUGAGCUCCCGGUUUGCAUUAAGGAAGAGGGAAGCUGAAAGAGAGAUACCUCCUCUGCCUACCCCUGAGCCCCGGGUCACUCACCUUCCCCUUUACCUACCCCUAGACCCCUGAUGCUGGUUAGGAAACACUCACCCCAACACGUGUCUUAAGUAAAGGCAGGACAAGGCGGAGGGCGCUUGGCCAGAGGGAUGGGAACUGGUGGGUUGGCCCCAGCCUGCCCGUCCCCCAUGGCAAACACUGGACGCCAUCACCUCUUUGGAACUGCCAGACCCUGGGAGUUCCCGGUGAGAAAGGUCUGCCCCCGUUCCUGUGUCUCUGUGAAUAAAUGUGAGUUCGUGCAA